AUGGCGGCGACAGGCUAUGGAGGUGCUGCUGCUGCUUACGGAUAUCCGACUUUUGGCACGACCGCGACGAAUGGACGAAUCGUGUCGGCUUAUCAGCAGCAAUUUGCUGCAAACAAGGAAGCAGCUGCAGUGAUGCGUAGUCAAUUCUAUCCUCAACAGAAUUGCGUGUAUGCAUAUCAUCGACGGAACGAGGAGUCGAUUUGUGGGGUUACGUGA